AUGGCGAGCAGUUCGGCCUCGUACGCCGCCAUCUCCUGCGCGGCCGUGCUCUCGGCCACGCGGCUGGCGCGUGCCAGCGUGCCGAGGAACUGCUGCGUAUCGAUGGCGAGGCGCGUGCGCUGCAGCGCUCGGCGCUCCUCGGCGUCCUCGGCCGGCGCCUGCUCGUCGCCCGCCGCCGGCAGCGGCGCUGCGAGCGUGGCGGCGCGCCGCGCCAGCGCCUUGAGUGCGCGCUCGCUGACGGCGAGGCGCGCACGCAGCGCGGCAUCCUGCUCGGCGGGCGUGAGAGGCGCGAUGGACAUGGCGACGCCGGGCGGAGCGAGGGGGCGAGCGCCGGCCACCUCGUCGCAGCACAUCCGUGCCGCCAUGCCGGCCCCGCGCGCCACUCGCUCUCGCGCGCCGCCGCCGGCCGAGGCCGCAGACGCUCCGGCCGCACCCACUGCGGCCGUCAAGCCAGCGGCGACGUCGCGCUCGGCGGCAGCAGCAGCAGCCAAGCCGGCUGCCGCCAGCGUCCGCCGCACAGCCAGCGCGUCCAAGACGGCCGACGCUGCAGCGAGCUCGGGCACUGCAGCGCGGCCUCGAGCUCGCGCGGCCCCAGUCACCAGCGCCGCGGCGUCCACGUCUGCCCCGGCGCGCAAGCCGGCGACGAAGGCAUCCUCCACGUCUGCCGAGGCAGCGCCACGAGCUGCGCCUCGGCUCACGCGCGAAGAGCUCGUCGCUGCACUGCGGAAAGCUCCGUCGUGCGAUGCCGCACUGCUGCGCGAGGCGCUCGCACACCUGUCCUGCGCACACACCGACCUCCUCACGCCGGGCGUGAGCAGCUCCGCCGCGUCGAGCUCCGACCCAUCAGCGUCGCAAGUGCACACGGCAAAGCACCUCGUCAAUGCGGUGCUCAUCUCGCUCAACGACCUGCUCGUGGCAGGCUGGAAGGCGCCUCGUGCGCCGUCAGCUGCUGCCGCACCUCCAGCACGUCCAACGGCAGCCACAGCCCGCUCUGCCAGCGGGGCUCGUGCCGCCUCGCGCACUGACAGCACGUCGCGCUCUUCGAGCAAGAGCGCCGCGCCCACCACCUCCACCAGCGCACGGAGCACGCCGCCAUCGAGCGGCACUGAAGCCGAGAGCAGCGCCGUGGCGUCACUGCCCAACGUGCACGUCCUCGUCGAUGUGUGCCGCGUGGCACUCAGCGUGCUGAGCCGGGCGGGCGCAGCGAGCAAGGCGAAGCCGCUCGAGGUGGAGGGUGUGCGCGUGUCACUGGCGCGGCGGCUCGUCGGCAUCGAUCUGCCGGAGCUGGCGAUCCCAGAGCUGUGCGAGUUACGCGCCGGCGUCAUCGCCGCGUACGAGCGAGUGCCCGUCGACGCACACGCCGAGCGUUCGGCACGCACGCGCAUCCUGCUCUUUCCCUCGCCCGGCAACGUGCAGAGCACACUGCAGCCCAUGCUCCUCGAUGCACUGGCGCUCGGCGCCACUUGCGCGCUGCAGCUGGCGUCGCGCGCUAGUCUGCCAGCAGUGCUCUCGGCGAUGCGCGAGCCCGAGGGUGCGCUUGCUUGGCUGCGCGCCGUCUCUGAAGCCGCAGAGCGCUCCGGCGUCGACCGCACGGCAUACGCAGUCGAGCGCGCCAUCAGUCGUGCACUUGCGCGGCUCAGCGAGGGCGAAGCAAGCUCGUUCCUGGCAACCGCGACGGCGCUAGACGCCCGUGCCAUCUCGCUCGAGGUGCUGCUGCGCGUGUCCGACGUCGACGUCGAUGCGGCAUGGGACCGUGCCGCACGCGUGGCCGCCGCGCAUGUCCGCGGCGCGCCAGAGGCCGAACGCAACGGGGCCUUCAAGCGUGCCGACAACGCGCUGCGCCAGGUGCUCGCAGUGACGGAUCCGCUCAAGCGCCGCGGCGCAGGCUGGAUGCGCUUUGCUGAGAUCUGGAUGCAGCUGGCGCGCCGCACUGGUGCCGCAGAGGCCGUCGAACGCAUUGCGGCACUGCUCAUCUCGCCAAGUCUCGCCGAAGGGCCAGGCAGCAAGACGGAUGCCGUCGGCCAGGAGGCUGCAGAUCUGCAGCUGGCACAAUCUGGCGUGGCGCUCACACAAGCCAUCGUGGCGCUGGAUGCUGCUGGCGGUGAGCGCGCCCCCGCAGCCGCCCUCAAUGCGGCGAGCGGCAGCCUGGCACAGCUUGGCGAUCUCGGCGCGCAAGCCUCUGACGCUGGGCGCGAGCGCUUCUUGCGCGCCAUUGAGAGCCUGCGUCGUCGCGCUCUCACAUCAUUCGAGAAGCACUCGACCGACGAGAGUCUGCUCACCUUGCUGCGCUCGCUCGCGAAGGUGCUCUGCGCCCAUCUGUGGAGCGGCGCGCCCGCGUCCGGCGCCGUCAAGCCGGCAGAGGUGCUCGUCGACGCGGUGCAGGUGCUGCGCGUCCUCGCUUCUUCGAUCAUGGAUGCCGCAUCGUCGCCCACACACGCGGAUGCCAGCGCGCUGCUGUCCCAAGCGCAAGCGCUUUGCGCCAUCGCGUCGCUGGACUCCUACGAGAGGGCGCAGCAGGCCUACUUCCUGGCCAGCAGCUGGGGAGCGCUGGCCACGCGGCUGUAUCAUGCGCGCAACGCCGGGCAGGCCGUUGUCUUUCUGGAGCACGGCUGUUCAGCGUCCGAGCUCGCAGAGUCGCUUUUCGCAGCAGACGAGCGCGACACGACAGAAGCGGCAGAGAAGCGACAGGAUGCCUCGACGCGGCGGCUCGACCUGCUCGGCGCGUGUCUGCGCCUUGCGAGCCGACAUCAAGAGGCGCUUGAUGCUUGCCGGCGUGCUCUGCUGUCGGUGCGGGCGCAGAGAUGGACGGAGCUGGACCGCGACGCGGCCUCGAAGGGCUGCUCCACCCUCUUCCAGGCCGACUCGCCGCACGACAAGCUAGGCCACCUGGCAGCGGCGGCGCAUCAAGUGGCAGUCACGCAUCUGCUCAUUGCGCAGAGCGAAGACGAGCCGCGCAGUCUGCAUGCAAUGCUCGCAGAGGCUAAGGUGCCAGCUGGCGCGAUGGGUGCGCUGCUCGAGCACUGCAUUGCCGCGCUCGAGGCCAACGCGCAUCGCGAGGAGGUGCCACUGGCCGUGCAACAGACGACGGCGGCGUGUCUCACCGUCUAUACCUCCGCACGCUUUCCGCUGCGAAGAGCGCGGGUCUUGCUGCGAGACCUGGAGCUCAAGCUGCUCGCUGGCUCGCAUGAGCACGCAGCUUUGCAGGAGAUCGCUGGCGAAGCUGAGUCUCUGUUUCAGGUGUCCUCGCUGGACGAUGACGCCGGCCUCGCGCGUUUCCGCGGCCAGUACGGCGCAUCGCUGCAUCUUCUGCAGCUGCUCCUCGCGCAACGAGGACCACACGGCAGCAGCGGGCAAGACGUCGCGAAGCAUGCCGCCGAGGCUGCAGCACGCUUCCGAGCACUGCUAUCGCGCGCCGGGGCGGGCGACAAAGCCUCGACGUCGAGCGACAGCUCAGCACGAGCGUUGCAGCCAGUCGCCAAGGCACCGCGGCAGGGAGCGCCGCCUAGCACGCCGCCGACACGUAAGAAGCUCAGCGUGGGACCCGCCGGCUCUUCGGCUAGCAGGACCGCGAGCUCGUCGGCUGCCGUGCAAUGGGACGAUCUGGAGCGCGUGCAGCUCCUGUUGACAGUCGGCAUCGAGGCCUCUGCCGCGUUUGGGCACUCGCUUGCGACCAUCGAGCUGCUCAAAGUGCUGCGGCGUCUCGUCUCUACGUCCGAUGCCGGCACCUCCAAGGAUCUCGAGGCUCGCAUCUGCGCCGAUCUUGCGCGUGCAUAUCUCGCCCUCGGCCGCCCUGCCCGUGCCGCCAGCGUCCUUGCAUCUGCGCCUUCGACGGAGGUGGGACCCGAGGCACGCUUUCGCCUCUUGCUCGCGCGUGCCGAGGAGAGGUGCCAUGCUGGCGCGCUUGACAUUGCGGUUCUGCGCUACGAGGACGCCAUCGCGGCGGCGCGCGACAUCGACCCGCCCGCAGCACGGGCGAGCAGCUGGUCCAAGGCGCUCGAGCGUGCCGCUUCUAGCGAGCGGCUCGCACUGGCUGCCGAAGCGUACGGCAGCAUCCGAUUCGCGCAGGGCGGCCUGGCUGGCGCCGUCAACGCCGCCGUCGAGGCGGUGCGGUGCGCUUUGCGAGGCGCGAAUACCGUCGGCCGCCUCUCGGCGCCGCCCAAGUCGGAGGACAGCGCUGAGGAUGCAACGGGAGGGCUGUUGGAAGCCCCUGCUGUCUCUGAUCCUGCCCACGCUCCAUCCGCCGACGACGUCGCUCGCGCUGCAACGCCCGCGGCUGCGCUCAAGCCUCAGCCUCGACUUGGCAGCCUCCGGCUCGCCGUCAUGUACUGGCGCCUCACUCGCGCUGUCCUCUCGGGAUAUUUGAGAGCCAGCCGCAUGUAUGCUGCUCGUGGCAGUGCGCGUGAUGCCGAGGCGUUUGCCUCCGAGGCGGUCAGCUUCAGCGCACCGCUGCCGAUCGCGCUGGCUGCGUCACGCGCGCUGAUCGUGCGCGCCGAGCUGCGCAACCAGCUGGGCCCCACCGACAAGGGCCUCGCCGAUCUCAUGGACGGCAUGCGUCUGCAGGGCCAAGAGUGGGUGCCCGAAGCAUGCGCUAUCUCAUGCGUCGAGGGCGAUGCCAUCAGCCGCUCAAGCUGCGAUGCCGAGUCGCUCAACCGCGCGCUGGAGAGCUACAAGUCUGGCCAGGCAACACUGCAGGCGCUCAGCGAGUCUUUCGCGACGCUUGAUGCGCUCCUGCCCUCACCGCCGCCGAAGGGCCGGAGCCUGCCGGCGAGCAGCAGCAGCAGCCAUCUGUCGCGCCUGUCUGCCGCCGCUGCGACUCCGGCAUCGCUGCUGCCGAGCAUUCUUGCGCGCCUCAUCCGGCGGCAAGCAUGGCUGAUGCACCGCAUGGACCGCCGCAGUGAGAGCAAGGAGCUGCUGGAGCAGGCCGACGAGAUGUCGGAUCAAGACCCGACCGGCUUCAUCGAGAAUCUGCUCCUUCGUGGACGCAUCGGUCUGCGCCGCUGUCUCAAGCAGCUGCAGACCGACCCGGUGCUCAGCCUCGUGCCUGAGGCAGCGCUUUCGAUCUCGCUCGCUAGCUCUCGCGCGACCGUCAAGGGCAUCGGAGGCGCCACUGCCAAGUCGGUGCUCAAGCGCCUUGCAAGCGCCGAGCAGGCAUUGGGCACCGCCCUGGUGCCGGAGCAUCGCGCUCAGGCAGAUGCUCGACAGCUCCGCGACAUCAUGGUCUGUCUUGCGGUCGCGCAAACACUUCGUUUCACGAUCGCCACAAACGGCACGCCGUCGAUGUUCAGCGCGGCGCUGAUUGAUGCCAGCGCGGCUGUCACGCUUGAGCGCGAGCUGCUCGAUGCCAUCGAGCAGAAGCUCAGCAAGGACGAGGCGGCUUCGGGCGCGACCGCGUCCUGGCUCCAGUUUGCGGCUGCCCCAGCGGCCAAGGUCUUGCCCGCACGCAAGGCCAUUACCUCGCGAUCGCCGCGCCGGCGCACACGUGGGCAAGCGAUGGUAGACGAGGACGAGGCUGCCGCCUCGAGCGACGAAGAAAUGCUCACCAGCGGGCCCGUCAACACGGUGGAGCGCUUCUGGCACGGCGUCCGAGACCGCCAGACCGCCAGUCACGCUGCGCUUCAAGCAGAAGAAGCACAGGCACUCGAUCUGCCGCCGCACUGGACUGUCGUCACGCUGGCUCUCUCGCGCGAGCGCAACAGUCUGCUCGUCUCGCGGCGCAGUGGCGCGCGGGCCGGCCAGGGCGACUUGCUCUUCAGCCUGCCGAUCGACCGGCAGAGCCGCCGCGAAGGCGAGGAGGAGGAGCUGCACAUCGACGCAGCGCUGGGCGAGCUGCGUGACAUCGUCGAGACGAGCAACACGGCCACGCACAACGCAAAGGACCUGCAGGGCCUUGACGCACGCAAGGAGUGGUGGACGCACCGGCGGUCGCUUGACGAGCGGCUGCGUCUCUUGCUCGAGUCAAUCGAGCAGCGAUGGCUUGGCGCGUUCAAGAGCGUAUUUCUCGAGCCGCCCGCCGCCUCCGAGAGCGAGCUGGCCUCGUUGCGCGCCGCAUUCGACACGAUCAUCAGCCGAGCCUGCUUCGGCAGCGGCACCAAGGGCAGCUCGCCCGUCAAGCUCGACGCCGCCGUGUUUGAGUGCUUCGCGGCGCUGCCGCCGUCGAGCACCGACGAGGAGCUGGAGGACCUGCUGCACUUCGUCAUGGACAGCUUCCAGUUCAACGGCGUGCCCGUCGCCGUCGACGAGGUGGACUUCGACCAGAGCGUUGUGGAGCUGCGCUCGGCGCUCGAGGCGUUCCGUUCCAAGGCCUCUGCGAAUGCGGCGCAAGGCACGCCGGCGCCGCCGGAGCGCGACCCGCACCUCUUCCUCGUGCUGGACAAGGACACGUGUGCGCUGCCGUGGGAGUCCAUUCCCGUGCUGCGCAAGUCGGCCGUGAGCCGCAUCCCCUCGCUCGCCUUUCUGCGCGACCGCAUCGAGCUGUCGCGCCUUGCGGCGAGCGAGCAGGCGGCCAAGCGCGACGCGGCGGCGGCCCAGCGCCACACGCUGCGCAAGGGCCCCGCCGUGUCGCAGCACGACGGCAGCUUCCACCUCGGCGCCAAGCCGAACACCUUCUUCCUCAUCAAUCCCAGCGGCGACCUCACCGCCACGCAGUCGCGCUUCGAGCCGUGGCUGGCGGACAGCGCGCGCGGCUGGCGCGGCAUCGCCGGGCGGGCGCCCGUCGCCGACGAGUUCCCUGCGGCGCUCGAGAGCGCCGAGCUGGUGCUCUACUUUGGCCACAGCGGCGCCGAGCAGUAUGCGCGCCAGCACCGGCUGCGCGCGCUCAAGCGCUGCGCCGUCACGAUGCUCUGGGGCUGCUCGUCGGGCGUGCUCAAGGAGCAGGGCGACUUUGACCGCACCGGCACGCCGCACAACUACAUGAUCGCCGGCUGUCCGGCCCUCGUGGGCAACCUCUGGGACGCGACGGACCGCGAGCUCGACGGCGUGGCCAAGAGCGUGUUCACCAAGAUCGGCCUCAUGCCCGCCGAGGCCGCCGAGCCGGCGCCGGCAGCUGCAUUUGCUGCUGCGGCGGCCAAGGCGCCCUCGAGCCGGCCCAUGUCGCUGACGCGCGCCGUCAACGAGUCGCGCGACGCCUGCAAGCUGCCCUACCUCACCGGCGCCAGUCUCGUGGCGUACGGCGUGCCUGUGUAUUUCUAGCCGCCCCUCUCUCCUGCCUGUGCCCUGCUGCGCGAUGCUAUGCCCGCGCGAGACGCAAUGCAUCUUAGUGUCAUGCUG